UUUUCCAAUGUUCGCGGCACUUGAACGCAACAAGGGUUAUGAAAGGAGAAAUGACGUGGUCGUCUAUGUUCAACAGUUUCACUUCCUACAACAGAUUCCUGUGUCUUUACACACACUGGGCUUGUGGAGUUAAGUCAAACCUCCCUCUACACAAUGUUGUGACUCUUCAGCAGUCAACAUGGACCAGGCCAAAAAGGUCAAAUGUUUAUACCUGCUCACGUGCCACAGAGAGAUGCUGGUGUCCAAGGUGAGGAGCAUUCAGUGUAUCCUGGACAACCUGCUGGCCUGUGGCUUCUUCUGUGAAGAAGAUGUUGAGAUUGUACAGAGGACUACCACCAAGACAGCCCAGGUGCGUAAAAUUCUGGAGUUUGUCCAGUGCAAAGGGGAAGAGGUCUGUGAAUACUUCCUCUUUAUCAUAUAUAAAGUAGGAGAUGCUUACAUAGACCUGCAGCCAUGGCUGAAGGAGAUCAACUUUCACCCAAGCAAUGACGUGUCAGUGAUGAAAGUUGUAAACACUGAUCCCAUCAGCAGGUACUGUGCAAAGCUGAGACUUGAAAUGAGCCGUGACACUUCCUUCAUUAUGUCCUAUGGGCAGAAAGAGGAGACCCAUCUGGAGGAUCUGUACACUGACACCCUGAUGGAACUGUUGAACAACUCCAACGAAAGCCUAGGAUUUGUAGAGAGUCUGGAUCAGCUUCUUGGAGACCAUGCAGUCUUUAAUCCUCAGGGGGAAAUCAUCUACGUGAUGGGAGACGCUGGUGUGGGAAAGUCUAUCCUUCUGCAGAAGCUCCAGAACCUCUGGUCCCAAAAAGCACUGCACACAGAUGCUAUCUUCUGCUUUAAGUUCCGCUGCAGGAUGUUUAGCAUUUUUAAGGAAUCAGAGCAGAUCUCCCUCAGAGACCUUUUGUUUAAAUACAACUGCCACCCAGAUUAUGAUCCAGAUGAUGAGGUAUUUGAGUACAUUCUGCGCUUCCCUGAAAAGAUUCUCUUUACAUUUGAUGGCUAUGAUGAGAUCCAGGAGGAUCUGGACCUGCUGAAUGUCCCUGAGGUGGUAUCUCCAGAUCAUGAGGCUCAUCCCCUCCAACUGCUGAUCAGUUUACUCUGCGGGAAACUACUCAAAAACUCCCAGAAGAUCUUGACAGCUCGAACAGGAAUCGAAAUUCAGAGCAAAGUGAUCAGAAAGAAGGUUGCUCUACGAGGGUUUUCCCCAUCUCAUCUGAAAACCUACAUUAAUCUGCACUUCAAGGAGCGGGAGCACAGAGAGCAGGUGGCACUUCAGCUGUAUGCUAGUCCUCAUCUCUGUGGCCUUUGCUCAACCCCACUCUUCUGCUGGAUUGUCUUCAGGACGUUCAGGCACCUGCACACCAUGCAUGAUAGCUUCCAUCUGCCAGAGACGUCCAUUACCCUGACUGGUAUCUUUCUUCUGCUGUCUGAGUCAUUCUUUAGUCACUCGACUUCAACUGCCUCAUCGUUGCUAAAAAAAAACACCAGAUGUUCCACAGAGACGUUCAAAGCUAGCCUAAAGUCUCUUUUUUCAUUUGCCAAGCUUGCUUUUCAAGGUCUGGAGAGAGGGAGCUUUAUUUGUAACCAGGAGGAGAUCACUGCCUGCGGUCUCACAGAGGAGGACCUAACUCUGGGGUUUCUCAAACCUGUGAGUGAGUUUGAUGCCAAUGGAGGUUCUGCAAACUUUGAGUUUCUCCAUGUUACUCUUCAGUCCUUCUUGGCAGCUUUUUUUCUUCUGUUGGAUGAUCAGUCUUCAGCAAACUCCAUUUUGAAGUUCUUCACAGAGUGCAGCAGAAAGAAGGAACAAUCCUGUCAACUGUUUAACUUAUGUCUUAAUGACUCCUCAAACCAGAGUGAAAAAAAUCCAUUUGCGACCAAUGACCACCUUCAGUUCACCAACCUCUUCCUGUGUGGACUUCUGUCCAAAGCUCACACUGGCCUUAUGGAACAUCUAGUAUCUCCUGUGCUCCUCAAGAAAAAACGGACCCUGCUUAAAUCCUACUUGUCUACUAGUGUGAAGUCCCACCUGCAUGGUCUACCACAUUACCACAGCGAUGAAGGCAACAAAGUCCAUGUGUUGCCUAAUUUUCUGUGGAUUGUAAGGUGCGUCUUUGAAACUGGGAGCCAUGACAUUGCUUAUAUGACGGCCAAAUGCAUCACAGCAAACUUAAUCAAACUAGGCUACUGCAACAUCUACUCUGGCGACUGCACGGCCAUCAAUUUUGUGAUGCAACACUGUCAGAAGCGCUUGGGGCUGGACAUGGACAACAACAACAUCAGUGACUAUGGAGUGAAGCAACUGAAGCCUUCUUUUUGUAAGCUGACCGUGGUGAGAUUGUCUGUCAAUCUUCUGUCAGACAGUAGCAUCGAGGUGCUAAGAGAGGAGCUGUGCAAAUACAAAGUUGUGGAAGUUUUGGGUCUCUACAACAACCAAAUCACAGACAUCGGAGCAAAGCUUGUUGCUCAGAUCAUUGAAGAGUGCCCAAAGUUGAGAAUUGUCAAGAUUGGUAAAAACAAGAUCACUGGUGUUGGUGGGAGGUACCUGGCUGCUGCCAUUCAGAAAAGUGCAUCUAUAUUUGAUGUCGGGAUGUGGGGAAACACCAUUGGGGAUGAGGGCGCAAAAGCCUUUGCAGAAGCUUUGAGGAACCAUCCAAAUCUAACCAACCUCAGUCUCUCAGCCAAUGGCAUCACAUCUGUAGGUGGGAAAUUUCUGGCAGAAGCCCUGAAAGAGAACAGCGUCCUCAGGAUAUUCUGGUUGGUGCAGAAUGAGAUGACAGAUGAUUGUGCUCCACACUGGGCUGAACUAGUCAAAGCAGACACUGGUUUAAGACACCUCUGGUUAAUCAGCAACCAGUUCACAGUGAGUGGGAUCAAAGACCUCGCCGAGGCACUCGCUCACAACACUGCACUCCAGGAGAUAUGUGUGAAGGGUAACCAACUUUGUGAGGAGGAAGAGAACAAGUUUGUGUCAGAGGAACGGCUACGUUUCCACUGACUGGAGUCAUAGUGGAGAAAGUACUAAUUGUAUCAGCAUAGUACUGUGUCUUUCCUGUUUAUAGUAUUACCCAUUUCUGUAAAUACAGAUGGCAAGGCUACACUAUUUUAUGGCUGUUAGUUUGCAUUUAGUUGGUUGAGCCUGUCCUGUAUUGGCCGACACCAACAGUUGUGAAAAAGGAAGUGUUGGUAAACAGGAAGUAAACAGGCCGAUGACUUCUUUCUCAAGGUCUGAUAUCUUUUAAAAAAACACAGUCAUAGUGUAAUUACUGUGAACAUGACCUUCAUUAAUUAUUUGACAAUUACAUAUGAUAGUAUUGUGGUUUUGUUUGGGGCAGUGGUGGCUAAGUGGUGAAGCGGACUUGGGUCCAGAAGGCUUCAGGUUUGAGUCCACCAAAUGCCAAGUUACCACUGAGGUGCUCUGAGCAUGGCACCGUCCCCACACACUGCUCCCCGGGCACUGAAAGCUGCCCCCUGCUGACUGUGGUGAUGGGUUAACAUUUGGUUGUGUGCAGUGGUGUGCUGUGUCACAAUGACAGGGAGUUCACUGUCCUUUCCUUCCUUGUUUCAACACGUUUAACUGAUUUGGCCCUGCAAGUGAGAUGGUGAAAAAACCCUCUAAAUUUCAACUAUUUAUGGGGUUAGCAAAGUGUUAUUAACUUCUGGUAAUGUAACCUUCUUUCCUUACUCAAUGUGUAUCUGCAAACAUUUGUAUAUGUGCAACAGAAGCUGAUCCAAAUAUUUUAUUUAAAAAUGUUGUAUUAGCUUCAAACACAGUUACAUGAAAUAAAAAUGCAGUAGCUCAACCAA